AUGCUUUACCAGAGAACCUUACCUCUUCUCUACCGUCUAGUACGCCUUGCCAACUCGGAAAGCGGGGCUCGUCUUGCUGUUGCGAUAGAACAACACCCAGAGUUGGCAGAACUCAUCCAUGAAAUUCGACACAAGGCAGACGGUGGCUCAGAAUCGUCCUCUGGACGUCAUCUGAAAUUUUACAAAAUGGCAGCUGGUUUGCCGAAUUUGGAGACGCUGAUUUUGAGGACAAACCCCAGACCUCAUAAGUUCAAUAGGUUCGCCGUCGAUAAUUCCCUAACGGCGCAAUGGGCACGUCAGGUGGCCAGAGAAGUCCAGACUGUCAAACAAUUCCGCAACUUGGGGUUUGGACCUCCAGGACAGUCACAAUUCAGUCCUCCAGAUACCGGAAUGGUUCCUUUGGGGCUCGAGCGUGGCGACGAAACCCUGUUCGGGCAUGCACUUCGCCAAAACCCGCCUGGACUGUCCGCACUGCAUCUACGGGUGCUCUGUAUCACUGGAGCUAAAUUCCAACAGGUUGACAAUGCCUCUUGGCCUUUGCGACACACCGACACGCCGCUUGAAGACUUGACUCUCUUGAACUGCAUCAUAAAGGAUACAGAACUGAUGGACUUGCUCAACAUCCCGCAAGCCUUGAAGCGGUUUACUUUUAGGGGGAACAGAGUCAUGGACUCGGAUGACGAGCCAGAACCUGUCUAUCUUUGGGCGCUGUUCAAGCAUCGGGAUUCACUGGAGUACGUAGAUUACGAUCUCUACUGCGGCGGUCAUGAUUACGCAAACUUCUAUGGCUUCACCAAACUCAAGCAUCUCACCAUCACGAUCAGCUCACUGGCAGGCUCAGAGUGCAUUGAGUUGGACCCCGCCGUGAAUGAGCUUCUGCCACCGAGUCUUGAGAGUCUCACAAUACGUUAUGACCAGGUGAAGUCCUGGGUGCCUUCAUAUAUCUACGGAGGUUUGCAGAACGGCUGGCUCCCGAACCUGCGUCUCUUCACCUGCGAGGUAGCGAAUGUUUUUGGUCGGCUUCGGCACGGCCCGCCUGCCGGGCAAGUCUGGCAGGAGAUCAACACCUGGCAAAGCCGGUUCAAGAAGUUCAAUGUGGAGCUGCGCACGGAAAUUGUGCAGAUUUCGAUGUGGGUGGCCAAGCUACCCAAAUACGAGGUGUGUGCCUGCGAACGGCUGCCGUUCUUCCACGGCAUGUUCCGCGAUCCCGAAGCCAGAUACAAGGCAAUUGAGGGAGAGUGUGGCAUAUUUGACGAGCGGCCCUAUGAUGUCUGGCCCCACCCCCACGAUUAUGAUGACGUGGGCGACUACAUUACAUAUCUUCCCUAG